CACCCUGGCGCUCACGGAUUGAACUUGAGCGAGGUGUGGUGGCCCCACACCAGUGCACGGAUCGAUGCGAACCUGUAGACGGCGGCAGCCUGUGCGCCAUGAGUGAAGCUGGGCAGCGGGGUUCCCGCCGCAGGAGGCGCAUCCACCGCCGCGCCGCGUGCACGUCAGCGUCUGUGGAGGGCGAGCGGUCCAGCUGGGACCUGAGCAGCCGCUACCUGGCCACGCUCACCGCCGCCGUCGAGGUGGCCCUCUGCAGACUGCAGUACUACCUCGACAGGACCGCGCGCUACCAGGUAGAUAUGGAAGCACAUCACCCCCUCCACAACUUCAAAAUCUCCAGCAUAGACACGUCAUUCCGGGCAGAUAUGGCGAAUUACCUGCGGGCCUUGCGGAAAGACAUUUUGCGGCUCGAGAGCGCACGGAAGGCGAUGAGGACGGCGCUGAGGGUGCAGCCGGCAGACGUGCUGGAACGCGCAGCACAGUCCGCCCCCACACUGCCGCAGUCCAGGGGGCUCAGCAGCAGGCACCAGUCCCCAGCCGGGUUAAGGAGUUCAAGCAGUGAAUCCGAAGGAGAACAAGGAAUGGAUUCCAGAGUGUCACAGUGGCGUCAGAGACGGAAAGGGCGGCAUUCCUCUUCUGUCCUGGAAUUCCGCCGACAACGAGUUCCAGAUAAAGCCACGGAGGGUGGCAGCAAGAGGAAACAGUCAUCAGACAGCAGUGGUGCUGGUGACAUAGAGGAAACUGGCCAGUCAGGGUCCGGCGCAGAUAGUGAAAGAGAAGCGCAGGAGUCCAGCGGCAAUGGUGCUGGUGGGUUUGACGAUGGUGACGCCGGCGCAUUUGGCGUUCUUUGUGCUGGUGAUGGUCAGCCCUGUGGAUCUGGUGGUAAUGGUGCCGGCGAUGUGAGUCGAACAUGCCCAUCUGGUGGUACUGGUGUUGAUAAAGAUGCCUAUCCACCUAGUGGUAAUGACUAUAGUAAUGACGUCCUCCUAUCUUACGAUAUUGGUGCUGAACACGAAACGAAAGUUGGGCUGUGUGCCAAUGAUCGUGAUAAUAGCAAACCCAGCGGUGAACUGGCUGUCAGCAUAGGCGAAGAGAACGUUGAAGGCCAGUCGUCCACCUGUGCUAGCGCUGAUAAAGUUAAGGUCCAAGCAACAGGCGAAGUGGGCGGCAGAAGUAGUGGUUUUGCCAAUGCCAGUGGGAAGAACGGAGGCAGUACAAAGUCUUCCUACUCUUCCAGUCGAUCGCCUCCCUGCUUUGCUAAGAGUGGUGCAGGUAGGGGAGACGAGAACUGGGUUGCUAAGGGGGGCAACCAGGAGAAACCUAAAAUGGCGAGUGGGGGUGUGGAUAUGGAAGCAUCGCAACAUUCUUUGGUGGCCACAACCGCAACGAUUGAUGCGUCGUCUUCAGCACGUGACGUCCUCCGCGAGCUGUGGCGGCAGUACGGACUGUUGUGCAGGCUGCUGAUGUCGCACUCGCAGCGCCUGCAGCUGGAGACUUCGGCUGCGGAGCUGCCGCUGGCGGAGGGCCAGCAACUGGCAGUGCAGCUGCUGCUCCUGAACGCACAGCUGCAGCGCAACGUGGCCGCCGCUGGGGUGGAGCUGCUGCGCGGGCGCACACGGCUCGGCGAGUGCGCGCUGCGCGCCCGGGCCGUCGGCGAGGCGGUGCGCCGCCUGCGGUCUGGGCGCUCCCCGAGGCCUCGGCGGCCGCUGCGCCACCGCAGGACAGCAGCUGCAGUCACAGUUGCGACGCCAUCACUGACGCCGCCUCCGUCGCCGCCACCCUCACCACAGCGACAAGCAGACAGCGGCUUCUCCAUGGAGAGGCUGCUCUCGCUGUUCCUCUGCUGGAGCCGCCCAACUAGUGACUAGCUGUGCCACAGUCAGUCGUCCAGACACCAGAUCACCAGGCGCUACAUUUCCCUGAUCGACAGUUGUGGCAGAACGACCUAGAACCACAUCACCUAGGUGUGCUCUAGUCAGCUUUUCAGAUUUAUCACCUGUUGCUGUUCAACAGCUUUGGCACAGCAAACCUGCACCCACCGCAUCAGUGACUACCUGUGGCCCAGUAGAUACAGAAGUAUCGUGACAGGCACUAUCUGUUGCUUAUUAGCAGCCCCAGCUGCAUAAAACAACGCUCGCCAGUGGGAUCAUUACUCCCUGUAGCAAAAAGUAGUGUGAUACGUUGAUCAGAAGUGUAGCCAGAGACGAGUGCAUAUUCUUGCAGCAGUUUAACUAAAACCUUUUUAGUUCUUUGUAUAUUAUGGUGGUUUUCAGAUGCGUAAGGCUGUACUUGGCCAAAAUAUUAAAUCUGAUAACCUGAGAGCAAUUCUCAGUAACAAUGUUAUAAAACUCUCGAAAGGCAGACAAUGACUUGAUGCUUCAGAGCUUGCACACUACCUCUAAAAAUUGCGCAAGUUGUUAGCAUAUACUAUUAUUACUAUAGCAAUAAUAAUCCUGUCAUAUUAAAGUAAGAAUAGAACUAUACAGGUGAUAUACAUAAUAUCCAGUUGGACUGUGUUCUUUUAAUGACUUUACAUAGCUAAUGACACUGUAUGAACAUACAUUGAAGAACCAAAGAAACUGGUACACAUACCUAAUGUCAUAUACGGGCCCCAUGAGCAAGCAAGAAUACCACAACACGUCGUGGCAUGUCUGAAGUAGUGAUGGACUGUAUUGACAGCAUGAAUCGUGCAGGACUGGCCCUAAAUCCGUAAGACUACGUGGAGGUGGAUGUCUCUUGAACAACAUUUUCCAGGGCGUCCCAGAUAUGACCAAUAAUGUUCAUGUGUGGAGAGUUUGGUAUCCAGUGGAACGGUUUAAAUUCAGAAUAGUGUUUCUGGAGCCACUCUAGCAAUUACGGACGUGUGAGAUCACAUUGUCCUCCUAUAAUUGCCUAAGUCCGUCAGAAUGCGUAAUCGAUAUAAAUAGAUGCAGGUUAUCAGACAGGAUGCUUUACUGCUCAUCGUCUGUCAGCCGUAUCUAGAUCUAUCAGGGGUCCCAAAUCACUCCAACUGCACACACCCUACACCAUUAGAGCGCCUCCACCAGCUUGAACAGUCCCCUGCUGACAUGCAGGGUCGAUGGAUUCAUAAGGUUGUCUUCAUACCCGUUCACCUCCAUAGAAUCAACAUAAUUUGAAACGAGACUGUCCAACCAAGAAACAGGUUUCCAGUCAU